AUGGGCUCCUCAGCUGCUCCCGAUUUCCCAACAGGCUUCACCUUACAUAAAGUCACUAGUCCUGAGGAAUUAGAACGAUGGACUCCUUCACUCACUCAACUACUUCUAUCUUGCGUCAACGAUGAUCCAUCCGCAUCCUCAAUCGGCUUUCACGCACCUCUUACCACCACCAAAGCCACAGAAUUCUGGUCCUCCCAAUCACCUCAACUAUUCGGCCUCAACCCCAGAGCUACUCUGUUUGUGCUCGCCCGCGACACCACCGCAGUGGGAACAAUUUCGCUCGUGACUCAUCCUAAGGAAACCCACGCUCACAAGGUCGAAGUCGGCAAGCUAUUGGUUUCCGCAGGGGAAAGAGGUCAUGGAUUGGGAAGGAAGCUGAUGGAGAUGUCGGAGAGAUUCGCGAAGGAGGAGUUGGGUAAGAAGAUGGUGUUGUUGGAUACAGCUUCGGAUACUCCGGCGAGGGGAUUUUACUUGAAGCUUGGGUAUACGGAAUGGGGUGUUUGUCCGCAGUAUGCUGAGAGUGCAGAUGGACAUUUGCAUGGCUGUUCGUUCUUUUAUAAAUUCCUUGGCAACUAG